UUUAUGUGUGCAAACAAUUGGUGAUUUUAUUUAUAUAUUUUGAAGCCAAAAUGGACUUGCAGGCGUUAAUGCAGCAAAUGUACAGCGGUGCGACGGGGAUGCCGAUGAUGAUGCCCCCACCGCACCUGAACGGGUACGGAUACGGCAUGGCGGCCCUCCAGCAGCAGCCCUUUUGCCCGUUUCCCCUCAACGGAAACGGCGACCAGUUGGCCGAGGAACUGGAGGACGACGACGAGGAGGAGGACGAGGAGCAGCGCACGCUCUUCUGCGGCAAUCUCGACGAGCGCGUGACGGAGGAGAUCCUGUACGAGGUGUUCCUGCAGGCCGGUCCCAUCGAGGGAGUGCGCAUACCCACGGACAACAAGGGGCGGCAGCGGAACUUCGGAUUCGUGACCUACCAGCGCCUCUGCGCCGUGCCCUUUGCCCUGGAAUUGUACCAGGGCCUGGAACUGUUCCAGAAGAAGGUGAACAUCAAGCAGCAGGGCGCCGACAAGGCCAAGCAGCCACCUGCCUUCACCCAGAGUCGCCUGCGCAAUCCCUUCACGCUGGAGGGACCUCCGCAGGCGUCGCCUCCGCGCCACGCCCGCCACAGUUUGCACGGCGCCAAGCCCUACGACCGCCAUCCCUACGGGAACAACGGAGAUCAGAGGCGGCGCAGCGACAGUUCCGUCAUGGAACGCAACCGGCCGAGGACGCACCCACAGCAACAUCACCAGCACAUGCAAGGCGGUAACCGAAGGUCGGACCAGCGACACAACCAAAAACGUCGAUUGCUCUGA